UCUCACUAAUGCUGAUUUGUUUUCAUUAUUUCUUUUUGGCUUGGCGAAUAAAUUAGGACAAAUGAGGCAUCUUUGCGGACGAUGCGUAUUGUGACCAGCGGGCAGCAGCAGAAGCAUGCGACACCUACACCAGCGGAGCAGCACCACCUGGCCAGCGUUGUAAGGGCAUCCCUGUAAAGCCACGGAUACCACCUGAUACCGAUACCUAAAACCAAAAGCAGCGGAGCACCCGCAGCCGAGAGCAAGUGGUUCCUACACCUUCCCCGACACCUUCCCCCCUCUGCUCCACCUAAAUGUAAAUUUUAAUUGAAGCCAAUUGAGCGCACACCCGAAAACACGCACCAAACCAAAAACGAAGCCGUAAUCAAACUAAAAUACUCAUUCGGAGAAGCCUCUCUUGGACAAGAUACCGCGCUUAAUCUGUUCAGGCGACAGCAACGGUGGUGGUGGUGCAAUAAAUGGACAUAAUUGCUCUAAUUGGACAGAGCAGCAGCAGCAGCAGUGGCAGUGGGAACGUCAGUGGGAUCGGAGGAGCAUCGGCACCAGCAGCCCCCCGGACAAUAGGAUGGCACAAUUCACACUCUACAACAAACACAGUUCGCCGCCAAAUAGCGACAGUACGCGCGUGGACUGUGAACACGUACCGCUGUGCUCCAUUAACGACGUGCAGCUACGAUUUCUGGUACCCGAUGAUUUGACGGAGGUGCGCCAGCUGUGCCAAGAAUGGUUUCCAAUCGACUAUCCACUAUCAUGGUAUGAGGAUAUUACCUCAAGCACGCGCUUCUUUGCGCUGGCGGCUGUAUAUAAUCUGGCCAUAAUUGGUUUAAUCGUUGCCGAAAUCAAACCCUAUCGAAAUGUCAACAAGGAGGUAAUAGCCAAUAUGAGUGAUAGUGAUGAGUUGUACACCAGGCUGAGCGGUUUUCCAAUGCAGGACAAGGGCAUCCUGCCGGACUCGAUGGGCCGUUCCGCUGAUGUCGGAUAUAUACUGUCGCUGGGCGUUCAUCGAUCGCAUAGACGCAAUGGUAUUGGAUCGCUGCUUCUGGACGCGCUAAUGAACCAUCUGACAACGGCCGAGCGACAUUCGGUAAAGGCGAUCUUCCUGCACACGCUGACCACCAACCAACCUGCCAUAUUUUUCUACGAAAAGAGAAGAUUCACGCUUCACUCAUUCCUUCCCUACUACUACAAUAUUCGGGGUAAGGGCAAGGACGGAUUCACUUAUGUGAACUACAUAAACGGCGGCCAUCCACCCUGGACACUAUUAGAUCACAUCAAGCACUAUGCGUCGAAGGUGCGGCACACCAGCAGUCUGUGUGCCUGGUUGGCCGGUCGAGUCCAGCAGGUGUUGCGGUGGUUCUAUCACAAGCUGCUGACCCGCUUUAACUUCAUCGAGUGAAACGAUUCGAGGAGGACAACAGCACAACUGGCCAAGCAUCCGCAUCCUUCCGAGAAACAAACACUUCGUUGGCGAUGAUGAGUGUGUGUCCACCGCAUUAUGUCAUCCCGUCGUCAAGCAUAAACAAAAACACAUUUAUAUGUACACUUGCAACCAAUCACCACACAUAGACACACACCUUCAUUAUAAAUGUUAGGCAACACACCUCCGCAGAAUCAUUACGUUUUUAUACGAAAAAAAAAAAAAUGAGAAAGAGAUCUAGCAAAGAACAACAUCAAAGGCAUAAGUUGAAAGUUGUAACAUAUUUCGAUAAGGGUAUUAUUACGUUUUAAAAGAUAUCUAUCUGUUCACUGCUGUAAAUAGUCUUGCGAUGUUUUUUGUUUGAAAUGCUGUAACCGAGUGAUUUGGAAUAACCCCUUUCUUUUGAAUGCAGUCCCCUGUUUAGACCGUGUGUAUGUUUUUUUCUUAUGUUUUAAGUUCUACGCACAAGACAGUCAUUUAGUUUAGCGACAACUAACAACAAAGAUGCUCAUGCUUUAAUGCUUAAUUUAUGAAAUCUGCACGUAAAUAGCUUUGAACUGAGAAACCAAUUAAUGUUAUAUGGCAAAACCAGUUAAAUUGAAUACCCAAUACCCAAUACCAACCACUAAAAAGAUAAACAUUUGAAAUCAAACUCUGUUCGCUGUUUCUAUAGUAUUUUGUAAAAGUAUUUUAAUGCAUAUUGUUUCGCAGCUAAUUCUGAUUACUUUAGGCACAAUUUAUCUAGCAAAUUGUAAUAUUUUUAAAAAUAAAAACUUGUGAAGUUAA